AUGGCCUCAGGCGCACCCCCCGUCGGACAGGAGAACAUUAACACCGACAUUGUCACACUCUCCCGUUUCUUCACGGAAGAGCAGAUCAAGUACCCUGAAGCUUCCGGUGACUUCACUCUUCUGUGCCAUGCCCUCCAAUUUUCUUUCAAGUCUAUCGCCUACUACAUCCGUCGUGCCUCUCUGAUCAACUUGACCGGUCUGGCCGGUUCCUCCAACACAACCGGUGACGACCAGAAGAAGCUAGACGUGAUCGGCAAUGACAUCUUCAUUUCCGCCAUGCGCGGCUCCGGCAAGUGCCGCAUCGUCGUCUCAGAAGAAGAGGAAGAGGUGAUCAAGUUCGACGAGCACCCCGAUGCCCGCUACGCCGUCGUCUGCGACCCCAUUGACGGCUCCUCCAACCUGGACGCCGGUGUCUCCGUCGGCACUAUCUUCGGUAUCUUCCAGCUCCCCGACGAGGUCCUCGGCCCCAACAAGUCCGUCGGCCCCGAGGAUCUCCUGCACCCAGGUACUAGCCUCGUCGCCUCCGGCUUCACCAUGUACGGUGCCUCCGCCCAGCUGGUCAUCACCAUGCGCGGCGGUGGCGUCAACGGCUUCACCCUCGAGAACUCCCUCGGCGAGUUCAUUCUCACCCACCCCAACAUGCAGAUGCCCCCCAGCCGCUCCAUCUACUCCGUCAACGAGGGUAACAGCAUGUACUGGGAUGAGUGGUGCAACGCGUACUUUCACAGCCUUAAGUACCCCGGCGAGGGCAAGAAACCUUACAGCGCCCGUUACAUUGGUAGCAUGGUUGCUGAUGCCUACCGUACCCUCCUCUACGGUGGUAUGUUCGCCUACCCUGCCGACUCCAAGAGCCCCAAGGGCAAGCUCCGUAUCUUGUACGAGUGUGCGCCCAUGGCCAUGCUCUUCGAGAACGCUGGUGGUCUGGCUGUCAACUCUCGCAUGGAGCGCCUUAUGGAGGUUGUUCCUGAGAACAUUCACGAUAAGAGCGGUGUCUUCCUUGGCUCGAAGGACGAGGUCCAGAAGGUCAUUGAUAUGUACAACAAGUACCACAAAUAA